GAUGAGGGCUCGGGCAGAGGCGACCUGGGGCCUGGCGUGGUGGAGGGGGACAAAGGGGGCCUGAGCCUUUGGCGACUGAGGGGUGGGGGGCAUUAGCCCCCCAUUGCCUCCCCACCCCACCACCCGCCUGAAGGAAAAUUGGGCAGGGGUGGGGUGCCCCAGAGGCCUCCCCAAAUUGCGUGUGCCUGCAUGUUGUUUUCUGCAGAGAGCAGGGAGGAAGGGAGGGGCCGACCAGGUGUAGGGAGGGGAGGAAAGGGCAGGUGGGGGCCCCAGAUGCAGGGGGAUCGCCCCACUCGGGCCCAUCCAGGCCUCCCAUUUGGUGGAAACAGUGGAAAUUGAAGCCAGGCUGGCCAUAGCGAUCGGGUAACACGUGUGGGUGUGGAGCAGUGUUGGCUGCCAGGGCAAGUGAGGUCUCAAAGACCCAUCCCUAACUCCCCAGGCCUGAGAAGUGUGCAGAGGGGUAGGCACCCCCUUUGCACCCCCAGAAACUCUGGGGACCUGUUUCCUCUCCUUUUCAGAGUGCUCCCACCCCUAGAUCUGAUGCUAGUCUGUUAGAUAGGCCACCCCUCACCAGAAUCCACCCUUAACUUUGGACACCAGAAUCACCAGGUUGGGAGCCUGGGGACUAUGGAAAGAGGAAAUCAGGUAGAACUCAAUGUCAGAAUCCUAGGAUGUUGAAAGGUAGAACAGUGGGCUUCUAUGCUGUUGGAACACUAGUCUGUAAAAAUGUUAGAAUAUUAUAAUCCUAAAUUGUUGCCAUAUUCAAAUCCUUGGUAAUUGAACUUUUCUGAUGUUAAAAUGUUCCAAUGUUGGAAUUCUAGGCUGCUGAAAUACUAAAAUGUUAAACUUUUGGAAUGUUGGAUUCCUAGGCUGUUGGAAUCCUAGAAUAUUUUAAUCCUGGCUUGUUGAAAUCUUUUAAUGUUAAAAUAUUCAAAUAUUAGAAUCCUAGUUUGUCAGGCUCCUAGAAUGUUCAAACAUUAGACUACUUAUCAUCUAGGCAGUUGAGAUCCUAAAACCUAUAAUAAUAAGCUGCUGGAAUCCUAGAAUGUUAGAAUGACCAAGUAUCCAAAUUCCAGAGUCUUCUCAGACUCCUGGAAGUGAAUCCUUUGGGCCCCAGAGAAAUAUCAGGAACUGAGCCAGCUCCCCUGUUUUACAGACAAGCAAACGGAGGCUUAGAGAAAUAAAGACUUAAGGCAGACCUGGUCUUCCGGGACUUCCCCACCCCCUCAGCAGGCGAGAACAGAUAGGACACCGCCCCUAGACCCCCAAAUCUAGCAGACACCUCCCUCUCCCUCCAGCCUGCUCUUUGUUCCCAGAGUGUGGCUUCUACGGCCUUUACGACAAGAUCCUUCUGUUCAAACAUGACCCCACGUCGGCCAACCUCCUGCAGCUGGUGCGCUCCGCCGGUGACAUCCAAGAGGGCGACUUGGUGGAGGUGGUGCUGUCUGCCUCGGCCACCUUCGAGGACUUCCAGAUCCGCCCGCACGCCCUCACUGUGCACUCGUACCGAGCGCCGGCUUUCUGCGACCACUGUGGCGAGAUGCUCUUUGGCUUGGUGCGCCAGGGCCUCAAGUGCGACGGCUGCGGGCUGAACUACCACAAGCGCUGCGCCUUCAGCAUCCCCAACAACUGCAGUGGGGCCCGCAAGCGGCGCCUGUCAUCCACAUCUCUAGCCAGUGGCCAUUCGGUACGCCUAGGCACCUCUGAGUCCCUGCCCUGUUUGGCGGACGAGCUGAGCCGUAGCACCACAGACCUCCUCCCCCGCCGCCCCCCCUCGUCCUCCUCCUCAUCUUCUGCCUCAUCCUACACGGGCCGCCCCAUUGAGCUGGACAAGAUGCUACUCUCCAAGGUCAAGGUGCCGCAUACCUUCCUUAUCCACAGCUACACGAGGCCCACUGUCUGCCAGGCCUGCAAGAAACUCCUCAAGGGCCUCUUCCGCCAGGGCCUGCAGUGCAAAGAUUGCAAGUUUAACUGUCACAAACGUUGUGCCACUCGUGUCCCUAAUGACUGCCUGGGGGAGGCACUUAUCAAUGGAGAUGUGCCGAUGGAGGAGGCCACUGAUUACAGCGAGGCUGACAAGAGCGUCCUCAUGGAUGAGUCAGACGACUCCGGCGUCAUCCCUGGCUCCCACUCGGAAAAUGCCCUCCAUGCCAGCGAGGAGGAGGAAGGCGAGGGUGGCAAGGCACAGAGCUCCCUAGGGUACAUCCCCCUGAUGAGAGUGGUGCAGUCUGUGCGACACACAACGCGGAAAUCCAGCACAACGCUGCGCGAGGGGUGGGUGGUUCAUUACAGCAGCAAGGACACGCUGAGGAAGCGGCACUACUGGCGGCUGGACUCCAAGUGCAUCACCCUCUUCCAGAACAACACCACCAACAGAUACUACAAGGAGAUUCCACUGUCGGAAAUCCUCACCAUAGAGCCUGCCCAGAACUUCAGCCUGGUGCCUCCAGGCACCAACCCACACUGCUUUGAGAUUGUCACUGCCAAUGCCACCUACUUCGUGGGCGAGACACCUGGCGGGGCCCCAGGAGGGCCAAGCGGGCAAGGGGCUGAGGCAGCCCGGGGCUGGGAGAUGGCCAUCCGCCAGGCCCUGAUGCCCAUCAUCCUCCAGGAUGCACCCAGUGCUCCCGGCCACACACCCCACAGACAAGCUUCUCUGAGCAUCUCUGUGUCCAACAGUCAGAUCCAAGAGAAUGUGGACAUCGCCACCGUCUACCAGAUCUUCCCGGACGAGGUGCUGGGCUCAGGGCAGUUUGGAGUGGUCUAUGGAGGGAAGCACCGGAAGACGGGCCGGGACGUGGCAGUAAAGGUCAUCGACAAACUGCGCUUCCCCACCAAGCAGGAGAGCCAGCUCAGGAACGAGGUGGCCAUUCUACAGAGCCUACGGCACCCUGGCAUUGUAAACCUGGAGUGCAUGUUCGAGACACCCGAGAAGGUGUUUGUGGUGAUGGAGAAGCUGCACGGGGACAUGUUGGAGAUGAUCCUGUCCAGCGAGAAGGGGCGGCUGCCCGAGCGCCUCACCAAGUUCCUCAUCACGCAGAUCCUGGUGGCUUUGCGACACCUUCAUUUCAAGAACAUCGUCCACUGUGACUUGAAACCGGAAAACGUUUUGCUGGCAUCAGCCGACCCAUUUCCCCAGGUGAAGCUAUGUGACUUCGGCUUUGCGCGCAUUAUCGGUGAGAAGUCAUUCCGGCGCUCAGUGGUGGGCACACCUGCCUACCUGGCUCCGGAGGUGCUGCUCAACCAGGGCUACAACCGCUCUCUGGACAUGUGGUCGGUGGGCGUGAUCAUGUACGUCAGCCUCAGUGGCACAUUCCCCUUCAAUGAGGAUGAGGACAUCAACGACCAGAUCCAGAAUGCCGCCUUCAUGUACCCGCCCAGCCCCUGGAGCCACAUCUCCAAGGGAGCCAUCGACCUCAUCAACAACCUGCUGCAGGUGAAGAUGCGCAAGCGUUACAGUGUGGACAAAUCUCUCAGCCACUCCUGGUUACAGGAGUACCAGACGUGGCUGGAUCUCCGAGAGUUGGAGGGCAAGAUGGGCGAGCGGUACAUCACGCACGAGAGUGACGACGCCCGCUGGGAGCAGUUCAUUACCGAGCACCCGCUGCCCGGGCCUGGGCUGCCCUUCGAUGCGGAGCUCGGUGGGGCCCUCCCGCUGCAGGAGCACGAGAUGCAGGGCCUGGCCGAACGGGUCAGCGUCCUCUGAAGCCCUGUGCUCCUGCCCUCAGGAACCUGCCUUCCAUCCCGAUCCCCCAUGAUGAACUGUUCUAGGAGAAGAGGCUUCCUACCCUAACUGGAGGGGACACUCCCUGGGGAAGUAGGAGUAGGUCAUGGGGAGGGGGUUCACGGGGUCAUAUCCAAAGGCUUCUCCCUGUCUCCGUAACAAUUAAAACGGACUCAUCUUUGA